AUGAACCGUCUCUUUCCUUUGGCGGUGCUGGUCUUGUCUCAAUUGGCUGAGGCUCGCUUCGGCCAAUUUUAUAAGCGGUUCAAGGCGGGCGAAUGCUGUCCCUGUCCAAAGCCUGGUGCUCCGAACCGGGUCGUCACCACAACAAUCACCGUUACACAACGUCACACCCUGGCAACGGAGACAGCCAUAGCAAACCGGAUCCUUACCCCUCCGGCCAGGCUCGCUCGUAUCAAUUAUAACAACUACAACAGCUUCAGUAACGUUAAAAGCAAUCAAUUCAACAGCAACAACUUCAACAGCAAUAACGUUAAUAGCAACAACGUCAAUAGCAAUAAUGCUGACAGCAACAACGUUAACAGUAAUAAUGCCAACAGCAAUAAUGCUAAUAGCAACAACGCCGGCAGCAAUAAGGUCGACAGCAACGACUUAAAUGGCAAUGAUCCCAACAGCAUUGAUACCGACCCUCAACCCCGACCUCAGACUGCUAAAAUGAGCAACGGUCACACACUCUCAUUACCACCGGUGUCGGCACAAGGGGGAGCUGAUGCAGCGACUGCUGGAUUCCCAGCUCCGGGUUCCCCAGGCGCGGCACCUGGUGGUCCUUUUCGACAACCAGCAAGGGGUCGGCCUCGGCCUAAGGGCGGGUCGCCUGAUGCGGCAAUUGCUGGGUUUCCAGCCCCGGGUUCCCCAGGCGCGGCACCUGGUGGCCCCUUUCGACAACCAGUAAGGGGUCGGCCUUGGCCUAAGGGCGACUCGCCUGAUGCGGGAACUGCUGGGUUUCCAGCCCCGGGUUCCUCAGGCGCGACACCUGGUGGUCCCUUUCGACAACCAGCAAGGAGUCGGCCUCGGCCUAAGGGCGGGUCGCCUGAUGCGGCAAUUGCUGGGUUUCCAGCCCCGGGUUCCCCAGGCGCGGCACCUGGUGGUCCCUUUCGACAACCAGUAAGGAGUCGGCCUUGGCCUAAGGGCGACUCGCCUGAUGCGGCAACUGCUGGGUUUCCAGCCCCGGGUUCCUCAGGCGCGACACCUGGUGGUCCCUUUCGACAACCAGCAAGGAGUCGGCCUCGGCCUAAGGGCGGGUCGCCUGAUGCGGCAAUUGCUGGGUUUCCAGCCCCGGGUUCCCCAGGCGCGGCACCUGGUGGUCCCUUUCGACAACCAGCAAGGAGUCGGCCUCGGCCUAAGGGCGGGUCGCCUGAUGCGGCAGCGCCCAUGGAAAAUGAGCCCGAGACAAUCAUAGGUCGCCCAAUAUCCAACCGGACUACCUCGAACACUCAUUUGUCUUACAAGAAGCCGCCAAGACCGCACAUUCCUACAACCAUACGCAAACCCACAACCACCAGCAAACCCACAACCACCAGCAAGCCCGCAACUACCAGCAAGCCCACAACUACCAGCAAGCCCACGCCUAAUACCUCGUCGUGCCCUACUCCUACUUGUGGUUUUCCUGGCGUUAUGUUUACCCGCUAUAGAAAUCCCUUCGCAAAGGAUUUCAGCAGCACUUACGAGUCGUUCCAGCCCUCAUUCUUCUUGAAGCAGAGGCCCCUCGGCGUGGGCUACUUAAGCGAUAUCGCGCUAGUCUCUGACCCUAACAAUAGCACUUAUGCCGAUGCAGCAAUUGACUUUCGGACUGCCUUAUACGUCUGUCAGAGCGGAAAAUACAAGUUUCACUCUCCUAAGAGCGAUGAUAUUUCGUUGCUAUGGCUCGGCGAUCAGCAGGUUAACAACGCGACGAGGGAUAAUGCCGAUUUCGUUCAGGCAUGGUACGGCGAUAAUAGUCCAAGAACUGUUGAAAAGGAGCUCCAGGCAGGCGUGAAGUAUCCAAUCCGUGUCUUGUGGGGCAAUACCAACGGCGCAGGCUUUCUAAAUCUCGAGAUUUUUGCACCUAAUGGCAUGAAGUUAACGGAGAGCAGCAAAGACGGCUAUCUAUGGAUCAAUAGCUGCUAA